UUCAAUCAGCCAUGGAAGGGACAAUAAGAGAAUCUAAUGCUCCUAGAUUCAGAAUUUUGAUGUUUCCAUGGCUAGCUCAUGGUCACAUCUCUCCCUUCACGGAACUAUCCAAGAGACUCGCCAAAAGCAACUUCCAAGUAUACUUGUGCUCCACUGAAAUCAACUUGAAUUUCAUGAAGAGAAGUGCUAAGUUUGAUGAGAACUCAUCUGAUCAUACAAUCGAAUUCGUACAACUUGACUUGCCAGAUUUGCCUGAACUCCCUCCACACUAUCACACAACAAAAAACCUCCCACCCCAUCUCGAACCAACCCUCAAGCGUGCGUUCCAUAUGGCAAAAACCAACUUCCAAAACAUACUCAACAAUUUGAAACCUGAUUUGCUAGUCUACGAUGGUUUCCAACCAUGGGCCUCAGAGCUAGCUGCACUGAAUCAUAUCCCUUCUGUUCUUUUCCUAGUUGUGGGAGCAGUGAACUUGUCUUUCGUUUAUCAUAGCCUUAGAUGCAGAGUCUCUGGUGCUAAUGAGACUUACCCUUUCCCCGAAAUUUUUUAUAGGGACUAUGAGAUAAAGAAGAUAUUAGCCAAGCUACAAGAAUCCAAAGCAAAAGAAGGUGACGCAUUAGAUGUUUUUAAGAGCAUUGAACUAUCUUCUGAUAUUGUUUUGGUGAAAAGCUGGAGAGGAAUUGAGGGGAAAUAUAUUGAUCACUUAUCUUCCUCUUGCGGGAAGAAACUGGUUGCUGUAGGACCUCUUAGUAAUCAAGAAGAUAACGGCAAGGAGGCGGACAGCUAUUCCCUUAUCAUUGAAUUUCUGAAUAGUAAAGAUGAAGCAUCAGUGGUUUAUGUUUCUUUUGGGAGCGAAUAUUUCCUGUCGAAGGAAGAAAGGGAAGAGAUAGCAGGAGGGCUGGAGCUGAGCAAUGCUAACUUCAUAUGGGUAGUUAGAUUUCCAGUUGGACAUGCCAUUGGCCUCGAAGAAGCUUUACCAGAAGGGUUUCUUGAGAGGGUGAAAGGAAGAGGGAUGGUGGUGAAUGGAUGGGCACCACAGGCUAAAAUUCUUGGGCAUCGAAGCACGGGUGGUUUUGUGAGUCACUGUGGAUGGGGUUCUGUGAUCGAAAGCAUAUAUUAUGGGGUUCCGUUGUUGGCCUUGCCAAUGCAUCUUGAUCAGCCUCUUCACGCAAGACUUGCAGUAGAGAUUGGUGUUGGUAUUGAGAUUCUCAAGGAUGAAGAUGGACAGAUAAAGAGGGAAGAGAUUGCUAGAGUCAUAAACGAGGUGGUUGUCAAGAAGACAGAGGGAAAACUACAGGGACAAAAAGCUAUAGAAUUGAGUAAAAAGUUAAGAGAAGAAGGUGAAGAAGAGUUGCAUGAAGCAAUAGAGAAGCUCAGGUCAUUAUGCAGCAAAAACAAGUAAUAAGACUUUGGUAUUUAGCUCUGAGUUGAGUUGGCCUAGUUUGGUAAGAACUAGUACUCCAUUCUGGAAUUUAGUCUUUUUCCUUUCAAUUUUAUUAGAAUUUAAGCACUUAAUAUUGUUAUCAAAUAUGCAUCCGUAUUGUGUCGAAUGCGUACGUAAUGAAUCCUGAAUUGUGGUGAUUUUGUUACUUAGGAAAACUAUACAUUAUAAUUUUUAACGAUGCAUCAAUUCUUCUUGUGGAAUGUUUUGGAUAUUAUGUUGGUAACGGAUAUAACUCGGGCUAUAUC